AUGGCGCGGCGGCCGAUGGCGGUGCUGGCGCUGCUGCUGUGCCUGCUGCGGCCGGGCAGUGCCGCCCUCACGGGCACCCGGCUGCGGGAUGGCGGCGGCCGGGAGCGAGGGGGAGCGGCGGCGGCUCUGCGGGAAAGUGUCGAAAGAAUUAGAUUAUUGAAUUCAUUAUCAAAAGAUAAUACAACUGCUGUCUAUGGAAUAAAUCAGUUUUCUCACCUGUUUCCUGAAGAGUUCAAAGCUAUUUACUUGAGAAGCAUGCCUCACAAACUUCCCAGAUACAUAAAAGUGCCAAAGGGGAAGGAAAAGCCUCUGCCAAAGAAAUUUGACUGGAGGGACAAGAAAGUCAUUGCAGAAGUGAGAAAUCAGCAGACAUGUGGAGGCUGCUGGGCUUUCAGUGUGGUGGGUGGCAUAGAGUCUGCCUAUGCAAUUAAAAGAAACACCCUGGAAGAGCUCAGUGUGCAGCAAGUUAUUGACUGCUCGUACAAUAACUACGGCUGCAACGGGGGAUCCACCGUUAGCGCUUUGAGCUGGCUGAACCAGACCAAAGUAAAACUCGUGAGAGAUUCAGAGUACACUUUCAAAGCUCAGACAGGACUGUGCCAUUAUUUUGAGCGCUCAGAUUUUGGAGUUUCAAUAGCAGGAUUUGCUGCAUAUGACUUCAGUGGUCAAGAGGAGGAAAUGAUGAGGAUGCUUGUCAGCUGGGGCCCUUUGGCAGUGACAGUCGAUGCCAUUAGCUGGCAGGAUUAUCUCGGUGGAAUCAUACAAUAUCACUGCUCCAGUGGAAGAGCAAACCAUGCUGUUCUUAUCACUGGUUUUGACAGAACAGGUAGCAUUCCUUACUGGAUUGUACAGAACUCUUGGGGCCCAACGUGGGGAAUAGAUGGCUACGUUCAUGUUAAGAUCGGUGGCAAUGUCUGUGGUAUAGCAGAUACAGUCUCAGCAGUAUUUGUUUGACAUUCCUGUGGGCCUCUACAACUGGUCAAAGACCACAAGUAUCAUGAGGACAGACACUGUAUAUGAAGGUGGAAUUCAAAAAAUCAUUUUCAAAUAUAAGAAAUGGCUGUAAGGGCAAUUCCUGCAACCCCUGGCUGAAGUUUUUAAAAAUGUUUUUAUUGUGAAUUGGUGUUGAAUGCCAAAUUUCUCAAGGAUUAAGAAGACUGAUUUGCAGAGUGCACAAAGAGAAGCUACAAAGAUGGACUGAAGCCUCAAAUGUAAGCUUUAUCCAGGUGUUGAAUACUACUCCAUACAAAAAUCUUAAAAGGAAAGAAAUGAUGACAGAUAAGAAGGAAUUUGAAUCAAAAAAUCAAUACUAUAAGAGUAUAUUUGAAAUCAUUUGAGUAUAAGAAGAAUCAUGAGUAACAGUUUAGAAAGUCAGCAAUUACAGAAUAUAUCCAAUAGAGUGAGUGUUAAAUUUCCCUCAUUAAUUGAAUUCAGACGUGCAACUUGCUGGUAAUAAAAAGGUGUUCCAGCUUUGCUGAGCUGUGAAACUGCAGCUGUGGGCAAAUGUAACUAGAAUUCACAAUGAAACAUGUAAUUCUAAAAUGCUCUGAAUUUUUCACCUCAAAUGCUUUACCUGUAUCUUUUAAGAAGGCCUACCAUGAAAAGUAUUAAAGCAAUCCUGUAAUUUUUUGCACUCAAUUACUGUACCAUGUUUUUAGAUUAGUUUUUUAUAUCUUUUAUGACAAGUGCAACAAGUAUUUAUACUUGUAUAUUGUUAAGUGAUGCUGAUUUAUUCCUUCUAAUUGUUAAUAUUUUAAAUGAAAGGAAAACCAAGUAUGAUGUUUCUUUACUUCAGGUUUUGCUACUUACUGAAUUUCCUUGGCUGAAAACUUCAGUUUUAAAAAAUGUGAAGUCUUCUGUACUCUUGAGUGUUGUGUAGUCUGGCCUUCCCUGAGUGGCUUACAAACAACGAUAGCACUCUUUCAUAACUGGAAAACAAAGUCUCUAAUGGGCACAGAUAGGAGUAAUGUAGUCACAGCAAUAUGAAACACAGAUGUGCCUCCGGUGUUCUUGAGGUGCUACUGACAGGUGUAAGUACCUGAAGUACUGUGGUAGAGGGAACUUACCAGAAAUUCCAGCCUACAGUGUUUGUGUCUUUCCAAAGGGAGCACUUAAAAAGACAAAAGUCCAUUUAAUAAGAUGGCAGUGAUUUAUCAAUAUUCUAUAGCCAAAGUUGCCUUUUAUUGUAUACCAAUUUGAAUAAAAAUCACUUUAAAUGCCUGUCAUACUCUUGUUUGAACUUUAUAGUUUGCUUUAAAAGGAGACUUAACAAAAGAUGAGCUUUAAUACUGCUUUAUUUGGAAUGCAAAUAUUUGUGUCUAAGGGAUUUACAGUCACACGUAAAGAGAUAGCAACAUGAUUCUUGAUGUAUUAUAAGUUCAGG